UCCGGUACCUGUUAGAGCGCUGAUGCCAGUUGAUCAGAUUGUCGGUGGCGGGGCUGGGUUAUCUCCGAGUGUGUGACACGCACUACUGGCUUGGCGUGGACCAUUCUACACACUCAAACACGCAGCUGGAGAGGGGCGUAGUGUAUGAAUGUGCGUGCGUGUGUUUGGACGGGGAGUUGGCGCCUGGCAAUGGACACCUACAGACCACACGCCGUGUUGAUUUUACUGUUAUUAUCGUCGGAUAUUUGUCUGCCGUCGCAGUUUCCAACACAACUAAUAAUAAAGGAAUGGGUGGAUCAGAUGCAGAUAGAGCUGGUGACCCUGGCAGACAUGGCCAGCGCCGGGAAGAACCUCACACAGACUCUGGCCACAUCUGCUGAGAAUUUCCAGAUGGAACACCAGUGGAAGGAUGAGUAUGCGGAUGGUGACAUUGUUUACUACAAUGCAAAGGACAAUUUGGAGGUGAAUGAGACAGAGGGUCGGAAGAACCGGAUCAGGCCAGCCUUUAAGGAAGAUAUGUUGUUUAAACGCCUCACCUCUCACAACCACACUGCUGUACACAUCCCUACUGACAUCUACGAUGGCUCCAACAUCGUGCUGAAUGAGUUGAACUGGACGGAGGCACUGGAGGGUGUGUUUAAGAAGAACAGAGAGGAUGACCCUACUCUGCUCUGGCAGGUGUUUGGUAGUGCUACUGGACUGGCCCGAUACUACCCAGCCUCUCCAUGGAUGGAUGCUCGGAAGACCCCCAGUAAGAUCGACCUGUACGACGUACGCAGGAGACCCUGGUACAUUCAGGGAGCUGCCUCACCCAAGGACAUGCUGAUCCUAGUGGACGCGAGUGGCAGUGUGUCUGGUCUGACUCUGAAGCUGAUCAGGACCUCUGUCGGUGAGAUGCUGGAGACUCUGUCUGAUGAUGACUAUGUCAACGUGGUCUAUGUGCGUAUCUUCACCUUCUCAGUGGGUCAACACAACUAUGAUAAAGGUCCAGUCCAGUGGAUGGCCUGCGCUAAUAAAGGAUACUUCUAUGAGAUUCCCUCUAUUGGAGCCAUACGCAUCAACACUCAGGAGUACCUGGAUGUCCUGGGCAGACCCAUGGUUCUAGCUGACCAGCUGGCCAAGCAGGUCCAGUGGACUAAUGUCUACCUUGACGCUCUGGAGCUAGGUCUGGUCAUCACAGGAACCCUACCUGUCUUCAACAAGACCAAGUAUAAAGAUGAAUCGGGUUUAGAGAUUCAGAACCAGUUGAUCCUCGGGGUGAUGGGGAUUGACGUGUCACUAGAUGACAUCAAGAAGCUCACACCGCGCUACACUAUUGGACCUAAUGGAUAUUAUUUUGCCAUCGACCCCAAUGGAUAUGUACUGCUACACCCCAACCUCCAACCUAAGGAGCCUGUCACUCUGGACUUCCUCGAUGCGGAACUGGAGAACGACGUCAAAGUCCAGAUCAGGAGAAUGAUGAUAGAUGGGAACCCAGGUGAAGAGACCAUAGAUACUCUAGUUAAAACUCAGGAUGAGAGAUACAUCGACAGAGGAGUAAGGACGUACACCUGGGCUCAGGUCAAUGGAACAGACUACAGCUUGGCUCUGGUCCUGCCUACCUACAGUGAACACUACUUACAGGCCAAACUGGGAGACACCAUCAGACAGGCCAUGGCCAUGGACACUCUGCAGGUGGAGAUGUUUGAUGAGUUGGGAUACACCUUCAUCGCCCCAGGUGAGGAGUACUGCAAAGGCUUGAAAGACAACGACAACAACACCCAGUUCCUCCUGGACUUCAACCAGUUCAUAGACAGGAACACACUGGAAGAACCAUGUAAGUUACCAUGUAAUGUGACUCUGGUCAGUAGGCUGCUGUUGGACGCUGGUCUCUCCAGAGAUCUCUAUGAAGAGUAUUGGUGGGGUGGGAUUCUGGCCAGGUUUGUAGCCACUGAUGGAGGGAUCACCAGAGUCUAUCCCAGGAGUGCUGGAGAGGAGUGGACAGAGAAUGCUGAGACCUAUGACUCAAGUUUCUACAAGAGGACUCUGGAUAACAACAUCUAUAUAUUCACCGCUCCAUACUUCAACAAGAGCAGGGAAUCAGGCUAUGAGUCAGGUAUUCUGGUGAGCAAGGCAGUAGACCUCAACAUAGAUGGAGUCAACCUCAAGCCAGCUGUGGUGGGGGUGAAACUGAACGUCUCUGCCUGGAUGAGCAACUUCAUGAACGCCACCAUCAAAGUCAACUGCAAGGAUGAAAUCUGUGGCUGUCUGAAGAAUGAUAAGCACGUUGACUGUGUCAUCCUGGAUGAUGGCGGCUUCCUGCUGAUGUCCAAUCAGGAUGAGUAUAUCACUCAGAUUGGUCAGUUCUUUGGGGAGGUAGACCCAGUCGUGAUGAUCAGUCUGGUCAACACGUCUCUGUACUCCUUCAACAAGACUUACGACUACCAGUCAGUCUGUGAUCCUGAGAGAGACAGCAAGGCUGCUGCAGGGCCACGAUCUGUCUAUGUGCCCACUAUAGCAGACAUGCUGAGUAUAGGUUGGUGGGCCUCCACUGCUGCCUGGUCGAUAAUACAGCAGCUCUUCUACGGUCUCAUAUUCCCCAGCUUCCUAGAGGCAGGUGAGUGUUAGGAUGAUGACAUGUCAGCUAACAUGUUUAAGGAGAGUUGUAUCACAGAGCAGACUCAGUACUUCUUCGACAACGAAGAGAGAUCCUACUCGGGAGUCCUUGACUGUGGAAACUGCUCCAGGUGUGUGUGUGUCUAGAAGCUGCCCCACACUAACCUGGUGUUUCUGAUCACUGAUGCCAAGGCCACUGCUGAUGUCUACCCCAGACCACUAAGACAAGCUGAGCAACCCUCCCAGGGUCCAGACCCCUGUGAGCUGGCUCAGAACCCCAGAUACAGGAAAGGACCUGACGUGUGUUUCGACAACAACAUAGACGAGGAUGAUUCUGACUGUGGGGGCGGGACCUCUUUAAGCCCCACCCUCUGGCCCAUGUUGGGGCUCCAACUACUGCUGCUGUGGCUCCUCACUGGCUUCCGACAUUCAUGACCCCUACACACACACACAAAUGCACACACACACACACUCACAUCUCACUUAGACAGUGUUUUACAUUGGACUGUUUUCUGACGCUCCAUCCUCUGAACGUAAUCACUGAUGUGUUAACUCACUGCCAGUAUGGAAGAGGAGUCACUCUCCUUUUCUCCAAUCGUUCUCCAAUGCCAAAGGGUGCUCUCUCUCAUCGCUCACUUCUCUUCUCCACCAUGUUUCAAUUGCCUGAGAUAUUAUAUUCUAUUCUAUGGUGCAACAGUAAGAGCUAACCAAACCCUUUAAUUCUGUAGUAUCUAUGUAUUGGUUUGAGUCUGAGGGAGGUUGAGUGGCUGUCCUUUCAUGCCAACAUAUUAUUUUUCACUGACAGCAAAUGAUUUGUGUAUGCCUAGUUGUUUGUAUUAUUGUUGCUUAUGAUAUUUAUUAUAUGUAGAAAAAGAUCAUUAUGAAGACAACGAACGCUGUAACUGAAAUGGACAGCAAAGUUCUCAAUAAUCCAACUGUUCCAGGUCAACCAGCAGUGAGUAAAUAGAUGCAGUAGACUAGAGUAGGGUUCACUCAACAGAGAGCUGAAGAACACUAACUAUGACACCAAAUAAAGCUCCUUAGAGUAACGGGGAUAGUUGGCCCAUGAAAGAGACUCUGAUAACAUGUAGGGUCAAAUCAUACUUUAAUAUCGUUAUGGCCAUGGUACCAAUCUAUGACCUGAGCCAAAUACUUUCUAAAUACUUUUGGUGUGCUUCAUUUAGCUUCACUUGCUGAGUGAGCAUGGUUGUACUUUUGGGGCUAUUCCAUUGGUUCCAUUGCACCGGGAAAGCGAAAUCUAGUGCAACUCAAGUGAUACACUAUCUAUUUGACCCAGGACUUUAUAGAUACAUAUACAGUAUAGCUUCAUUUGAUGCAUCAGAUUCCUAGUGCCUAUGUAGCGUCAACAUCCCAUUCAUAUAUCCAGAGUUAAUCUUUGAUGGGGAGUCAUUGGAAUGAUGUCCCAAUGUGUCCCAGUUGCACGCCGUACAGUAUGCUAUGUGUAGUAGUAGAGCAGGAGCAGUAGCUCAGAGAUAUGUUUCUUAUGUUACAUAACUAGCUGGUAUCUAUCUAGCCUGGGGGUCAGUCUCAUUCACCUUCAGACUGCCAGACAGACUUGAACCCACCUCUGUAGAACAAUGUGCUCCUGAAGUUAGUUUACUCUGGAUCCCCAGACUCAGGAUUUCAGCAAAGUGAAAGACAGAAAAGCUUUCCAAAAGACUACAGGAGUUUGUAUCACAUGCCCUGGUGAGCAGACAACUGGAGAAUGAUAUCAGCAUAUACAGUAUAAAGACUGUUUCUUUUCCGUCUUCUUCUACUGCUUGUUUCUUCUUUGUGUUGCUCUCUAAGUGCUGUCAACGAGACGCUGAAAGCUUGGUGUCAGAAUGCUGCAAUGUGACGGAAUGAGUCUGUUCGAUGUUGGACGCUCCUCAAACCAUGGAGAGUCACUGUUUGGCCAUGAUGGAGAGGACCAAGGUACAGGCACUGUUACCACAGACCUGAACCACAGACAGUUUCAUGUCUUACCCCACUCUUAUCCCAACCUUACCAAUAGUUAAGUUCACUGUAAACUACACAUUACAAAAAAGCAGCAAUGUAACCCUACCCCAAAAUGAAGAACUAACAGCUCAUGUUAUGUCGUUUUUACAUCAGGGCCUAUCGCUGCCAGUGUUGUCCUUUCUGCCAUGGCCAUCGUGUGACUAACUGGUUUGGCGUUCAGGAUCAUGCCUGUUUAUCGGAGUCGCGUGUUGACGUGUGUAUAACACCAAGGACAUUAUGUAGCCCUGGUACAGGCAUGUCCCUGGGGUAAUCCUUGAUUGUGCUUUAAUACAUGACUUACUCUUUUGUGGAACUUGACUAGCCUGAUUAAAUUUUGUAUACAUUUGUACAAUAAUGAUAUUUACUGUAAAAAAAAAAAAGAAACUGAAAAAAAAAGAUAUAAUGUUUAUAUAACAUGGUGGUGAUUCUUGUGCAAAUAUGAUGUAUUCACAAUAAACGUAUAGUAUUGUUAUGGUC